AUGAGCCAUCUUCCCUACCCGGUGGUGCCUUACCAGCAAUACUACAACGCCUAUCCGGAGGUCCACUACCAGCAGCCCCCUUGCGCCUCCAACGGCUACGGCUGGCACGGGAACGGCUACGGAUGGCAGGUGGACCCCAAAAAGUGGCAUCCGGCCCCCGUCGAUCUCUCCGAAGGGGUCCCGCUGGCCGAUGAGCCCGUCAUCGAGGCCCAGAAAGUCACCAAACAGAAUGCAUGGUUUAAGUUCCGAUUUCAGGACCCGUACGGCGAAGCGGGCUCCGGUACGCGCUCCUCCACCGGGGAAGUCCAAGACUUCUACAAAUUGCGCGACGACCAUUUGGCCAAUAACAGUCUCUUCGAGGAUCCCGAAUUUCCCGCCGAAGACACCUCCUUAUUCACCACCCAACGACCCGAUCGGUACUACGAAUGGAAGAGGCCGCACGAGAUCUCCAACGAUCCGAAAUUCUUCGUGGAGGGUUUCUCGCGCUUCGACGUACAACAAGGGGAAUUGGGCGAUUGUUGGUUGUUGGCAGCAGCCGCAAAUCUCACCCUGCACAAGCGCCUGUUCUUCCAAAUCAUCCCCGACGACCAGGAAUUCGAUGAUAAAUACGCUGGUAUAUUCCACUUUCGAUUUUGGCAAUAUGGUAAAUGGAUUGAUAUCGUCGUGGACGACAGAUUGCCUACAUACAGAGGCCAAUUGGUUUAUUUACAUUCCAGCGAUGAUAAUGAAUUUUGGAGCGCUCUACUCGAAAAAGCCUACGCAAAAUUAAACGGCUCCUACGAAGCCCUGAAGGGCGGCUCGACCUGCGAAGCCAUGGAGGACUUCACCGGCGGCGUGACCGAAAUGUACGAGAUGGACUCCAGCCCGCCCAAUCUCUUCCAGAUCAUGCUCAAGGCGCACGAGCGCUCCUCGCUGAUGGGCUGCUCCAUCGAGCCCGAUCCCCACGUCCUCGAGGCCCAAACGCCCGAAGGGCUGGUGCGCGGCCACGCCUACAGCAUCACCAAGGUCCAAUACAUCGACAUCCAAACGCCCAACGUCGCCGGCAAGAUACCGCUCGUGCGCAUGCGCAACCCCUGGGGCAACGAGACCGAGUGGAACGGCGCCUGGAGCGACGGGGCGCCGGAGUGGAGGUUCAUCUCCGAACAGCAGAAGGAAGAUUUGGGCCUGACGUUCGACGACGACGGCGAGUUUUGGAUGUCCUUCAAGGACUUCAUGAAGCAGUUUAGCCGUUUGGAGAUUUGCAAUCUCAAUCCGGACUCGCUCAGCGAGGAGGAGCUGCGCGACGGGCACAAGAAGAAAUGGGAGAUGUCUGUGUACGAAGGCGAAUGGGUGAGAGGUGUGACGGCCGGCGGUUGCAGGAAUUAUUUAGAUUCCUUCUGGAGAAAUCCCCAAUACCGGAUAACUUUAACCGAAGUGGACGAAGACGACGAGGAUAACCAAUGUACGAUGAUUGUAGCGCUGAUGCAGAAGAACAGGAGGAUACUAAAGAGUUCUUCUGGAGUAGAUCUCCUCACCGUUGGAUUCGCCAUAUACCACCUUUCGCAUCCGGACAGAGUCCCGAAACCGCUCGACAUGAACUUCUUCAAGUACAACGCCUCGGUGGCGCGAUCGCCUUCGUUCAUCAAUCUGCGCGAGGUGAGCUGUCGCUUCAAAUUGCCGCCGGGCACCUACUGCAUCGUGCCGUCCACCUUCGAUCCGAACGAAGAGGGCGAGUUCCUGCUGCGCGUCUUCACCGAGAAACAGAACAUCAUGGAAGAGAACGAGGAGGAGGUGCGAUACGAAGAAGAGGAAUGCGUUAAAGUAGAACCUACAGAAGCAGAAAACCUGGAAUCUGACAGAGUGUACCAAUUUUUCCUGAAAUUAGCCGGCGAAGAUAAAGAAAUUGACUGGAUGGAACUCCAACAAAUCUUAAACUUUUCUUCGAAAACAGAAUUUCAGCAGAAGAAAAUUAUCUCUGAGCAACCUAAAACGACGAAAAAAGGGGUAAACGCGACGCCCGCUCGGCCGGACGACGACGGUUCCGAUAACAGCAACUGUUUCACGUCCGUUAUUUCGGUACUUUGCGGAUCGAUUUUAAAAGACAUAGCACCACAUCAGACUGAAACUGUACCAUUAAAAACUUCGUUGAAUGAAUUAGCUGCCAGCGGAUUUUCCAAAGACAUUUGCAGAAGCAUGGUGUCUAUGUUGGACAAGGAUAGGUCCGGAAAACUUGGAUACGUGGAAUUCAAGCACCUUUGGGGCCUCAUUAGGCAAUGGAAGAACGUUUGGUCGAUGUACGAUCAAGACAAAUCUGGAACAUUCAGCGGUUUCGAAUUUAGAGACGCCCUAACAUCGGCUGGUUACAAAGUCAACAGCAAAAUCCUCAACAUUUUGAUGCACAGAUUCGGAAAUAAAACCGGCCAAUUGGAAUUCGACGAUUUCGUUAUGUGUUCUAUUAAAUUGAAAACCAUGAUAGACAUAUUUAAAGAAAAAGAUACCGGAGGAAAAAACACUGCCAGUUUUUCGUUCGAAGAAUGGUUGGAAACUACACUUUAUUCUUAA